AUGGAAGACGAUGAUCUAGCACAAAUCAGAAAAGCCAGGCUCGAGCAGCUCAAGGCUCAAGGCGGAGGUGGAGGAGGCGGGGCGGAAGCGCGCCAAUCCAUCCUCAACCAGAUCCUCGAGCCCGAAGCGGCAGACAGACUCGGAAGAAUACGUCUGGUCAAAGAAUCGCGCGCGGUGGACGUGGAGAAUAGACUGAUCAUGCUGGCGAGGUCGGGACAGCUAAGGCAGAAGGUGACAGAGGAGCAAUUAAAGGAGCUGCUGAAUGCGGUGGCCGAGAAGAAAGAGGAAGAGAAGAUUGUGGUUAGUAGAAGGAAGGGAGGCUGGGACGACGAGGAUGACGAUCUGUUUGACUUGUGA